AUGAUGCACGUGAAUUCUUUAUAUAAGGAAUCUUCACGUAAGGCAAACUUAAUAUCGUUUUUGAGAAGAGCAAAAGUCAACGUGAGGUACUCACACGACAACCACGAUCAGAAAACAAUCCGUUCAACAGAGGGAAUUUCGGCGACGUCAAUCCAUGAUCAAAUUUCAGAGACAAGAUAUUUAUAUUGCUGCACAAUCUUAAAUCAUUCGUUUCAAAGUCUUGCUGCAAAAAUUUACAGGUUAGGAGACAUCACAGAAUCAAACAAGCUAUCAAAUCAAUAUACUGAGAUGGAAAUCUUGGUAGUUCCUUGUCAAGAAAUUCAAAUCAAAAUUGAUUACCCAAUAUCCAGAAAGAAAAAGAGAUAUACUAACCUCGCUGAUGCCGAGCCCAUUGUCCUGAUGUCUGUUUUAAGUAGUCUCCACGCUGGAUAUUUCAGAAUAAGCCUUUCUCUUUGUAGCCAAGCUUUAUUGUGGAAGACAAUGGUCCAUUUGCAUAGCGAUCUCCCGUCUAUGGCGUUUCACCUCCUAUGGUAUCUAGCACUUGCAACACACGUGUCACUCUGUUUUCUGUAUGCUUUCAAGUGCAUUUUCUUCUUUGACUUGGUGAAGGAAGAGUUCUCCCAUUACAUUGGAGUGAACUAUCUUUAUGCUCCUUCCAUUUCAUGCCUUCUCUUGCUACAAUCAGCUCCUCUGUUGGAACCACACAGCGUUUUGUACCAGACGUUAUUUUGGCUGUUUGCUGCUCCGAUCUUGACCCUCGACACAAAGCUUUACGGCCAAUGGUUCACAACAGAAAAAAGGUUUUUGUCGAUAAUGGCAAACCCAGCGAGCCAAGUUUCAGUGAUAGCAAACCUAGUGGCUGCAAGAGGAGCAGCGGAGAUGGGCUGGAGAGAGUGUGCUCUAUGCUUGUUCUCGCUCGGAAUGGUUCACUAUUUAGUUAUCUUUGUCACACUUUAUCAACGCCUACCAGGCGGAAACAACUUUCCAACCACUCUGAGGCCAGUUUUCUUCUUGUUCUUUGCUGCACCAGCCACGGGAAGUCUAGCUUGGAACUACAUUUCUGGAACCUUUGAUACAUUAGCAAAGAUGUUAUUCUUCCUGUCGCUCUUCAUCUUUGUAUCCCUGGUAUGUAGGCCGACUCUUUUGAAGAAAUCGAUAAAAAGAUUCAAUGUUGCAUGGUGGGCUUACUCGUUCCCGAUCACUUUUCUUGCUUUAGACUCCGUUCAGUAUGCAGAAGAGGUGAAAGACCACGUCGCUUCUGCUUUGAUGUUUAUCUUCUGCUCCAUCUCAGUGUUGAUCUUCCUUGGUGUAAUGUUACUGACAGCAGCGAACAGCAAAAGACUGCUCAGACGUGAUCCUGUCCUCUGGUCUGCUACUGGUAAACCAAAUACUUCGGAUAGAAAUAAAAUCUAGCUGCGUCAGAAAGUUUAUUUAUUAAAAAAAAGAAGAAAAUAGUCGACAAAUUUUCCUCCCAAGUUUCAAGAAAUCAAUGCUCUCUCUCUUUUUGUUUCACUUUUUUCUCGAAUUCAUAUCAUGACCUCUAUUG